AUGACUUUAACUACUGUUAUUUGUAUUGGUAUGGCUGGGUCUGGUAAGACCACCUUCAUGCAAAGAUUGAAUACGCAUUUACACACUGCGAAGGAACCUCCAUAUGUCAUAAAUUUGGAUCCAGCAGUGUUAAAUGUUCCUUAUGGAGUGAAUAUUGAUAUUCGUGACUCUAUUAAAUACAAGAAGGUCAUGGAGAAUUAUAAUUUAGGUCCAAAUGGUGCUAUUGUAACAAGUUUAAACCUUUUUAGUACGAAAAUUGAUCAGGUCAUCAACCUUGUGGAGAAGAAGAGAGACAGCUUCAAACACUGCAUAAUUGAUACGCCUGGCCAGAUAGAAUGUUUUGUUUGGAGUGCUUCUGGUUCCAUCAUUACUGAGUCUUUUGCCUCCACAUUUCCGACGGUUAUUGCAUAUAUCAUUGAUACACCAAGAAACUCAUCUCCUACUACCUUUAUGAGUAAUAUGCUUUACGCCUGUUCUAUUCUUUAUAAGAUGAAACUACCGAUGAUUGUGGUAUUCAAUAAGACCGAUGUGACUAAGGCUGACUUUGCCAAGACUUGGAUGACGGACUUUGAGGCUUUCCAGGAAGCGUUAAAAUCGGACCAGGAACUAAACGGUGAAGCUGGAAUGGGAUCCGGAUAUAUGUCAUCGCUCGUUAAUUCUAUGUCCUUGAUGCUUGAGGAAUUUUACAGCCAGCUUGAUGUUGUUAGUGUUUCUAGCUUCACUGGUGAUGGCUUUAAUGACUUCCUAGACGCUGUUGACAAGAAAGUUGAUGAAUACGACGCUAACUAUAAGGCAGAGAGAGAUCGUAUUCUUCUUGAAAAGGCUAAGGCUGAAGAAAGCCGCAAGGAUAAGUCUCUGGAAAAGCUCAUGACAGAUCUUGGCAUCAAAGACAAGAAGGACGACAAAUCCAAGACAACUGAGGACGGUGCAGAUGUUCUUAGCGACCUAGAAGAAGGAGAACAUGAUGGUGUUGUUCUAAGAGAUGAGGAUGAGGAUACGGAGAGGGUAUAUACUUUUGCGGACAAUGACCGUACCGCCGGGGAGAUCAACUCAUCAUCCGCAAGUGACCUUCAAAUGAGGUACGAAGAGGCUUUCGCGAAGACUGCGAAGACCGCCAGCAGUCAAACCGCUGAGAACAUCGCCAAGUACAUAAGAAAUUAA